AUGGAAGGCGGAGACUCGAGUGUCGUGGUGUCGGCGCCGCUUAAAGCGCGACGGGAAGGCUCGAUCUACGAAAAGUACUUGAAUAUUAAGAACAACGUGCUGACGGAUGAGGAGGAUGGAGCGGUAAAGACGUGCACGGAGAUCUCGAACUCAACGGACGAGCAAGAACUGGAAGCUGGAGAAGUGUAUAUAGCGAUGCGCGAUAGUGCAUCGAUUAAAUCGACUGAUGUCGGCUUUCGUAUGACGUCGCCAAGGAAUGGAAGACAUGGAGGAUUUAGGUCGCCACGAAUGGAAGGGUCGUUCGGACGUGUGUCACCGCCGCGAAUGAUGGGGGGACCCGGAGGUCCUCUUGGAAGAGGACGUAGCCGAAGUCGCAGCAGAAGUCGUGGACGGAACGGCAUGGGUGUACCAGGUGACAUAAAUGGAGGAAACCGACCGCGGUCACCACCUCGAGGCCCGCCUGAAAGCGGACGCUUUGAUUGUUGCUCUUCCGGGGGUAGCGGCCAUUUUAACAGACCUCCAGGAGAUACAUUCGGUGGUCGACGAGUUAGUCCUGGCAGAGGUGCUUUCAUUGAAAGAAUCGGUAGCCCACGUCGUGGUGGUUUUGAUGGACGACCUGGCAGCCCCCGUCGCGAUGGUUUGAACGGACGGCCUGUCAGCCCGCCCCGCAGCGGCUUUAACGGACCACCUGGCAGUCCGCCUCGCGGCGGUUUUAACGGACCACCCUGCAGCCCACGUCGUGGUGGUUUUGAUGGACGACCUGGCAGUCCGCCUCGCGGCGGUUUUAACGGACCACUCUGCAGCCCACGUCGUGGUGGUUUUGAUGGACGACCUGGCAGCCCUCGUCGCGAUGGUUUGAACGGACGACCUGGCAGUCCGCCUCGCGGCGGCUUUAACCGACCACCCGGUAGCCCACGUCGUGGUGGUCUUGAUGGACGACCUGGCAGCCCGCCCCGCGCUGGUUUUGGUGGACGACCUGGCAGCUCGCCUUGUGAUGGCUUUGAUGGAAGGCGUGGCAGUCCACGUCGCGGUGAUUUUGAUGGAAGAUCUGGUAGCCCACGUCGUGACGGCUGUUAUGGAAGACCGGUUAGUCCGCCGCGCGGGGGCUUCGGUGGAGCACCAGCCAACGUCCUGCGUAAUGGUUUCGGAGGUGAUCGGUCACCUCCGCGUGGUUUCGAUGGCGGACGUGGUAGCCCCCGAUUCGAUGGAUUCAUCGGUCCUCCAGGCGGCCUCCGCGGACGCUCUCCACCACGUGAUGACUUCAGACGAGGUCCGCCUAUAAGCCCUGGACGCGAUUGCGCACCGCGAGAUAUUAGGGGCGGCGUGAUGGAUGGACAUGGUUCAGGGGGUCCUCGCCGGAGUCGUAGCCGCAGCCAACCUCGUGGGCUCCCACGUAGUCCCCCACGCAGCUACGACUGCGGACCUUUUGACAGCCGACCAGGGCGUCCACAAGGCCCUUUGCGCAACGAUUUCGGCGGCCGUGAUCCUGGUGAUUUACCCCCGUUUGAAGGCAGGGGCCCUUUGCCGAUCAGACGACCUUCGAGCCCUCCACGUGAUGGUAACUUUGGACCACGUUUCGACAACCGAGGGCCACCAAUUGACAGUCGUAGCCCCUCAUCUGGACGAAACGGCCCACCGAACAUGUUUCCUCCUCGAGGUAGAAGUCGUAGUCCAAACGGGCAACCUUUGGGCGAAAUGAUGCGCAAGAGAGACCGAAGCUGGGACCGUGGUGGUCCCCCACGAGAUAUGAUGCAGCGUCCGUUUAACGGUCCCGUGCCAGAUAGCCCGCGUUUGAUGGAGCCUGGGCCAUAUGAUACUCCAAGCGAAUGGAGUUUUGAAUUGAAACGUAGUGGGAAGGUCAAGUGUCGCUGCAGUGCUACGUCACUCUCGGUUGGUGUCAGCCGUCAGUUACCGCCAUAUCUGGAUGUGAUUACGCUGCCACACCUGAGUAGGUCGCCUGAUUUCUUACAGCUCGAGCGCCCGAAUGUCCGGAGGGUCGUGUACGAAUUGAAACCAGAGUCAAUGGCGGAUGCGAGCGGCUACCGUGAAUUCGUGGACUACCUGAUUCUGGGACGCGGUGGUCACGCGCGUGCUGGGGCUGCAACGGAAAUGGAAUCCCAAGGCUUCAAGAUAUUUCUUCUGCCCCCGGGCCAAGCAGCACGGCAGCUAGGCUACAAGGGAGACCACAUGGUUGCUGUUCUGCGUUCUCGCUGA